GAAUAAGACACCUAACUUCACCAGCGCUCGGACCUGUCACUUUGUUUCACAACUAUUUAGACAAAAAAAAAAAAAAGAAAUAAGUGAAGAAAUUAUCUGACAACUUUGAAUUUUGGGGGAAAACGGGUCUGUUUUGAGAUUUUGAUAUUUUUUUUUUUUGCUCUUUCUAACGGACAAGUGAAUUCACACCUAUAAGACUUUUUUCUUAUCUUUUCCGUUAACUUACUCACAAAGAAAAGUCAUGGCAGAGACGUCGACGGCGCCGGCCAGAGCCAAGAAGGCGUCCAAGCCCAAGAAGCCCGCGUCUCAUCCCAAGUACUCGGAGAUGAUCCAGGCGGCCAUCGUGCACGACGCCAGCCGCAGCGGCGCGUCCCGCCAGUCCAUCCAGAAGUACGUGAGGAAGAACUACAAAGUGGGCGACAACGCCGACGUGCAGAUCAAGAUGGCCCUGAAGAGGCUGGUGGCGGCGGGGAUGCUGCGCCACACCAAAGGCAUCGGCGCGUCCGGCUCCUUCAGGCUCACCAAGCCCGAGGACUCCAAGAAGUCUGUCAAGCCGGCGCCCCCGGCGCCCAGAGCCAGGAAGGUGGCCAAAGCCAAGCCCAAGAAGGCGGCCAAGCCCAAGAAGGUGGCCAAGACGCCCGAGAAGCCCAAGAAGGCGGCGGCCAAGAAGGUGAAGAAGGUGAAAGCCAAGAAGGCGACGCCGGUCAAAGCCAAGAAGGCUCCGGCCAAGAAGCCCAUUAAGGCCACCAAGCCCAAGGCGAAACCGGCCAAGAAAGCUGCAAAACCCAAGGCAAAGACGCCCAAAAAGGCAGCCAAGUCGGGGAAAAAGAAGUAGAGGGACAAUGAAAUGCAAAGAACUGUAAAUACUUGAGGAAAUGUUUUCGUAUAUGUAUUAUUUUUGUAAGGUUUCAUGCAAGUGUAAGCUGUUUUUACCAGUAGUUUUCACUCCAUUGCCCUAUAAACCAACAUAACAUUGUAAAAGCUGUAAAAAAGUAUUGUAAGCAUUUUUAUAUUUUUCAAAAAAAAUUAUGUGAUUGGAUACAAUUAGACCAGUAUGGGUCUGAAGGUUUUAUUCAACUUUCAGUUUGUAUAUAUUUAUUUUUUUUCCAUUUUCUGACGACUCAUAAUAAGCAAACAUCCCAUUGUUGGUCACUUUUGAAGACUGUUUUCAAUGUAAUUCAAUAAACCGUUAUCUUCUUAUAAAAAA